GUGGUUAAUUUUACAAUUUGAAUCACUUGUAUACGUGUCAUCUGUGUUUGUCUUGGGGAUUUUACGAAAUAAGAGUUUCGUGUCAUUACACACAUUUUAAAUAUUGGCGUGAAUGUCAAGCAAGGUCUUCACGUUAGCAAUGGAUGUUAGCUACUGGCUAGCUUGUAGCAGAUAGUCUCUCUAGACACCAUGGGUCGCCACUUUGGAGAUUUGGCCAAGAUCAGGCAUGUGAUCACCUACAGUCUGUCCCCCUUCGAGCAGCGGGCUUUCCCCAACUACUUCUCUAAAGGAAUCCCCAACGUCUGGAGACGAUUCACAUCAUCCGUCUUCAAAGUUGCUCCUCCAAUGAUCUGCAUGUACCUGACAUACACCUGGGGAAACCAUGUCCACUCAGAAGGAAAGAGGAAGGUUGCUGCAGACUAUGAGAAGGAAGAGUGAAACCUUCCAUCUUGCUGCUCUCUGUCUAUCCCUGUUUAAACCUUCUCUGUAUGUUUUGUCAAUAAAGACAAUAUUUAUCUGAA